AUGUCAUCAUCAAUUCAAUUGCUUAAUCCAAAAGCAGAAUCAUUUAGACGUGAUCAAGCAUUACAAGUAAAUAUAAGUGCAGCUCAAGGAUUACAACAAGUUUUAUCAUCAAAUUUAGGUCCAAAAGGAACCCUUAAACUUUUAGUAGAUGGAUCAGGUGGAUUAAAAUUAACAAAAGAUGGGAAAGUAUUAUUAACAGAAAUGCAAAUCCAACAUCCUACUGCAGUAAUGAUUGCAAGAGCAGCAACAGCACAAGAUGAAAUUACUGGUGAUGGUACAACAACAGUUAUAUUAUUGGUUGGAGAAUUAUUAAAACAAGCAGAAAGGUUUAUAAGUGAAGGAGUACAUCCAAGAGUUAUAGUAGAUGGAUUUGAUAUUGCUCGUGAAACAAGUUUGAAAUUUUUAGAUGAAUUUAAAACUAAAGUGGAAAAUUUUGAUCGUGAAUUUUUAUUACAAAUUGCAAGAAGUUCAUUGAUUACUAAAGUAAAUAAUGAAUUAGCUGAAAUUUUAACUCCAAUAGUUACUGAUGCAGUAUUAACUGUUAAAAGUGAUGAUCAUCCAUUAGAUUUACAUAUGAUUGAAAUUAUGACUAUGCAACAUGGAAAUUCAAAAGAUACUGAGUUAAUUAAAGGUUUAGUAUUAGAUCAUGGUGCAAGACAUCCAGAUAUGCCUAAAAAAAUAAAAAAUGCUCAUAUUUUAAUUUUAAAUGUAUCAUUAGAAUAUGAAAAAACAGAAGUUAAUUCAGGUUUUUUUUAUUCAUCAGCAGAACAACGUGAAAAAUUAGUUGAAUCAGAAAGAAGAUUUGUAGAUGCAAAAUUGAAAAAAAUAGUUGAAUUAAAAAAUCAAGUAUGUCCAAAUAAUGAUUCAGGAUUUGUAAUAAUAAAUCAAAAGGGUAUAGAUCCAAUGUCAUUAGAUGUAUUAGCUAAAAAUGGUAUAUUAGCAUUAAGAAGAGCUAAAAGAAGAAAUAUGGAAAGAUUACAGUUGAUAUGUGGAGGUGAAGCUCAAAAUUCAGUUGAUGAUUUAUCACCAGAAAUUUUGGGAUUUUCAGGUUUAGUUUAUGAAAAUAGUAUUGGAGAAGAUAAAUUUACUUAUGUUACAGAAAAUAAAGAUCCAAGAUCAGCUACAAUUUUAAUUAAAGGUUCAAAUUCUCAUAUUUUACAACAAACAAAAGAUGCAAUAAGAGAUGGAUUAAGAUCAGUUGCUAAUGUUAUAAAAGAUAAAAGUAUUAUACCUGGAGCAGGAGCAUAUUGGUUAAGUUGUAAUAAUUAUUUAUUAAAUGAUAAAUCAAUAUUAAAAGGCAAAAACAAAUCAGGUAUAAAAGCAUUUGCAGAAUCUUUAUUAAUUAUUCCAAAAACUUUAUCACAAAAUGCAGGUUUAGAUCAAUUAGAAACUAUUUCUAUAUGUCAAGAUGAAAUAAAUGAUGGUCAUGUUGUAGGUAUAGAUUUAAAAAGUGGUGAACCAUUAGAUCCAUCAAUUGAAGGUAUAUGGGAUUCUUAUAGAGUUAUAAGAAAUGCUAUAAGUUCAGCUACUGGUAUUGCUUCAAAUUUAUUAUUAUGUGAUGAAUUAUUAAAAGCUGGAAGAUCAUCAUUAAAAGAAGGCGGUGGUCAAGGUGGUCCUCCUGGUGGAGCACCUGCCGGAAUGCCUCCUGGUGCUGGUGGAAUGAUGCCAGGAAUGAUGUGA